AUGUCGCCGGUAACGGAUGUCGCCGGUAACGAACCCCCUAGCCCUGAUGAGCGCAUCCGACGAAUGGAAGAUAUUUUCAAGCUCGUACAUGAGAAUCAACUGAACGCGACCCAGAAUCAAAAGAAAUACUACGACCUGAGACGACGCGACUGGCGCCCAAACAUCGGGAGCAUGGUCAUGCUCAAGCAACAUGUGCUGUCUAAUGCCAACGAAGGGUUCAAUGCCAAACUGGCGCCUAAGUAUAAAGGCCCGUAUAAAAUAACCAAGUUUCUUUCCAGCAACGUCGUUAGACUACAAGAAGCCAAGGGACGUGAACGACGUACCGCCAGUCGGGCUGACUUAAAGGCCUUCAAUAGUGACGACAGCGAACCACCAGAACUCGGUCUUUCUGAAGACAUCGGCCUCGGGACACCUCGUACCCACGGCCCGCACGAGGCCACUGAUUAA